CCCUGGCCGCGCGCACCCGAGACCCGAGUCGUCGCCCCGCAGGCCGCCAGGACCUCACGCAACAGUGAUAUUCCCGACCCUACCUUUUUUCCCCUAUGAGCAGAGCUCCCAGUUUCCCAACCUUGAGUAUUUUCCAAUCAAAACAAAGAGAAGAUUUUGUGGAAUUUUGUUGCAUGUUGAAUAUGCAAGGUGCUGAAGAGGAAGACAAUGGAAGAGAGAGUUGUCCAGGUUGGGCGAAUAAGCCUGCCUCAGAGCAAGAUGUCUCUGAAAUUGAUUCAUCAGAGAUAGUAACAAAGAAACUCCAAGGGGAUGGAUACCAAGAUUCUGACUUUGAAAGAAAUUAUGCAUGUGAAAGCAUGAAGGAAAACCCUCUUGGAGAUGUUCCUGGGCCAUACCUAUUCCAGGAAGGAGGUUUUCGGGAAAUAACUUGCAUCCACAAGGAAGCACCUCCUGACAUGAUUAGCCAAGAAUAUAAUUUUGAGAAAAGCUUGCUUUUGACCUCAAACCUUGUUACACAUAUCAGGGUUUCUACAGAAGAGAGCCUGCGUCAGUGGGAGACAAGUAGUGUGUAUGCCAAUGAGAUUUCAGAACAAAGUAAAUGCCUAACUCUCUCCACUCAGAAAAAGUCUUGGAAGUGUAAUGAAUGUGGAAAAACUUUUACUCAGCGCUCAUCUCUUACCCAGCAUCAGAGAACUCACACUGGAGAUAGACCCUAUGCAUGUGAGGAAUGUGGGAAAACCUUUAGUCGUAGCUCAUUCCUUGUUCAACAUCAAAGAAUUCAUACUGGACUAAAACCAUAUGGAUGUGAGCAAUGUGGAAAAACAUUUCGAUGUCGAUCUUUUCUUACUCAGCAUCAAAGAAUCCACACUAGAGAGAAACCUUAUAAAUGUAACGAAUGUGGGAAUUCCUUCCGUAAAAAUUCACAUCUCACUGAACAUCAGAGAAUUCACACUGGAGAGAAGCCUUAUAAAUGUAAUAGGUGUGGGAAGGCCUUCAAUCAGAACACACACCUCAUUCAUCAUCAGAGAAUCCACACUGGUGAGAAGCCUUAUUUAUGCAAUGAAUGUGGCACUUCUUUUCGCAAACACUCGAAUCUUACACAACAUCAGAGAAUUCACACUGGGGAAAAACCCCAUAAAUGUGAUCAGUGUGGGAAAACUUUCCAAACAAAAGCAAACCUAGCUCAGCAUCAGAGAAUUCACACUGGAGAGAAACCCUAUAAAUGUAAGGAAUGUGGUAAAGCCUUUUGCCAAAGCCCAUCCCUUAUUAAACACCAGCGAAUUCACACUGGAGAGAAACCCUAUAAAUGUAAGGAAUGUGGCAAAGCUUUUACUCAGAGCACACCACUCACUAAACAUCAGAGAAUUCAUACCGGGGAGAGACCCUACAAAUGCAAUGAAUGUGGUAAAGCCUUCAUUCAGAGCAUUUGUCUUGUUCGUCAUCAGAGAAGUCACAGUGGAGAAAAGCCCUAUAAAUGCAGUGAAUGUGGGAAGGGCUUUAAUCAGAAUACCUGCCUCACUCAGCAUAUGAGAAUUCAUACUGGAGAGAAGCCGUAUCAAUGUAAAGAAUGUGGGAAAGCCUUUGCUCACAGCUCGUCUCUUACUGAACAUCAUAGAACUCACACUGGCAAGAAGACCAAAGCUGAUGCCACAGUGUUAAGUGUCUUGAGGAGGAUUUGGAGAGUCAUCAGGGGCUUGCACUUGGUGAAGAUGCACUCUGAACAAAGAGCAGCAGGGGAAAUCCUGCAGGAUAACUGAGAGGACAACACAUAACACCUGAACACACAGUGUUAGUCUACAUCCAGAUUCUACUGCAUGUGAAGCAUUCAAGACUUAACAUGCAGAAGAAACCUUCAAAGUGUAGUGAAUGUGGAAAAUUCUUUACUCAAAGAUCAUCUCUUACCCAGCAUCAGAGGAUUCACACAGGAGAAAAACCCUAUGUAUGUAGUGAAUGUGGAACUUGUUUCCGUAAACAGUCAAAUCUUACUCAACAUUUGAGGAUUCACACGGGAGAGAAACCUUAUAAGUGCAAUGAAUGUGGCAAAGCCUUUCAAACAAAAGCAGUCCUUGCCCAGCAUUUGAGAAUCCAUACUGGAGAGAAACCUUAUAAGUGCAAUGAAUGUGGCAAAGCCUUUUGUCAGAAUCCAUCGCUUAUUAAACACUUGCGAAUUCAUACUGGAGAGAAACCAUAUAAAUGCACUGAAUGUGGGAAAGCUUUCAGUCAGAGCAUAUGUCUUACUCGCCACCAGAGAAGUCAUUCUGGAGAUAAACCUUAUAAGUGUUAUGAAUGUGGGAAAGCCUUUAAUCAGAGCGCGUGUCUCAUGCAGCAUCAAAGACUUCAUUCAGGAGAGAAACCAUACACAUGUACUGAGUGUGGGAAAGCCUUUGCUCAGAAUUCUUCCCUUGUUGAACAUGAGAGAACUCACACUGGUGAGAAACUCUAUAAAUGUAGUGAAUGUGAGAGAACUUUCCGCAAGCAAGCACAUCUUAGUGAACAUUACAGGAUUCAUACUGGAGAGAAACCUUAUGAAUGUGCUGAAUGUGGGAAGUCUUUUAGGCACCGUUCAGCACUUGUUCGACAUCAGAGGCUUCAUGCUGGAAAGUAAAAUUGGGGAUGUAGCCAGCAUGGAAAGUCUUAUAUGGGAAGUUUUCCCUCUAAAUUCUUAGGAAUUUAGGACUCAGUAUUCAACUGAGAUGAUGUUUGUUGCACAAGAGGCAAAGAUGUUCCCCGAAAAGUAAAGAGAUCUUGGAACUAGAAAAUAGAUGUCAGAACUUGAGUUUGAUGUCUUCUUUGCCACUCGAUGUGUAACCUUACUUUCUCUGAGCCCCAGUGCCCCCACCCAAGAAUAAUGGGGGUAUUUACUAUUCUUUUCCUCCCAGAGAUUAUAAACAAGCAAACACAAACCGUACUCCUUUUUGCUAAUGGAUCUUAUUUUCUACAACAGUUUUCGGCUCACAAGUCAGACAGUACAGAGUAUAGAGUACCCUUAGGCUUCCUGCGCCCACCAGGCUGUCUCCUCUCAUCAGUAUCCCACACUCGGGUAAUAUAUUUGCUAUAACCAAUAAGCCUACAAAGUGUCACGUCAUCAUCACCCAGAGUCAUAGUUCCAUGGGUCUGAACAAAUAUCUACCAUUAUAGUAUCAUAGAAAAUAAUUUCAUGGCCCUAAAAAUCCUCUGUACCCCUCCUCCCUAACACUCACAAUCACUGAUCUUUUUAUUGUCUCCAUAGCUUUGUUUUUUCCAGAAUGUUAUAUAGUUGGCAUUGGAUAGUAUGUGGUCCUUUUGGAUUGGCUUCUUUCACUGAUUAAUAUGAAUUCAGGCUUCCCAUGUUUUUCAUAGUUUGCUAACUAGCUUUUUUCAAAGUGCUGAACAACAGACUAUUAUCUGGAUAUACCACAGUUUAUCCAUUCACAUAUUGAAAAACAUCUUGAUUGCCUUUUGAUUUUGGCAACUAUGAAUAAAACUGCUGUAAAUUUCCUGAAAAUUUGCUUUUAAGUCCCAGGAUGCUAAUACUGCUGAUCUGAAAUUAACACUUUAAGAACCACUGGUCUAAGGGGGUGGGGAGAAAAUAUUGCUUAAAAAAUAAAAAAUUAAAAGAACCACUGGCCUAAUAAAACAAACAAAAAACAGCCAUUCAUUCCAUAUUUAUUAUGCUUUUAAUAUGCUAGGUACUGUUCUGGGUACUAAGGAUACAGCAGUGAAUAAGACAAAAUCCCUCCCUUCUAGACAUUAAGAUUUAAGGUAAUUAAAAUGAGGUGGGGUUUGUACAAGACAUAUAGUAAUGGUAGAUUAGAAAAUCACUUGGCUUAUGUGAGAAAUGUAUGUUAAAGACAACUGGCUUUAGGACUGUGUAUAAUUCAGAGCCUCUCAGGGAUCCCUAGUCAACUCACCUACAUUACAUGACAGUAGGUCUUAAAAUAGAAGAUAGAUGUGGUACUAAAUGCAUGAUAAUGGAUGCUCUGAAAUUCAUAAGUUCAGAUUGAUGUGGCUGGUGAAGGGUGGAAUUCUGACAAGUCCCCAGUUUUGGCUAACUUGUGGAAAUGAGGAAAAUUGUUAGGAUUAAGCAGGGACUUGAUGGAUUACCUGGAAAGGCUCAGAAUUUACAGUGCUUUUCUCCUUUUCUUAUCCCAACAUUUAGAGAACUCUCAGAUGUAUUUGAAGUGAGAAACAGACAUCGUUCUGGGACAAUUAUUUGUGGCUAAGGAUACUCAGAUUAAUUCCAGCUGAACAAAAUAAGUAUAGGUGUUUCUUAAUCUAUACAGAGAUGGAGAAACAAUAACAAAAUCUGAUAGAUUACAUAAUUUGUAAAUCAGUAAGGAAAAUACUACUAAACUAAUGGAAUCCAAAAAUCUAAUCCAAAAAAGAAACACAGAAUGGUGUGUUAACAUUUGAAAAAGUUUAGCCUCCUUGGUGGAUCCAAAAAAUUGCCAAUUAAAUUUAACUAUUAAAAGUUUUCAACACAUAAAUUGACAAAAACGUAAAGGCUGGUGCCAGCUGAAGGCUGGUACACUAUUAUCUGUAUUAAUCUGUGUUAAGUGUAGUGCCUCUUAAAGAUUGUAAAUAAACAAAAUGGUAAAACCAACAAACACUCUAAAAACCACCAUGAAAGUAAAUAUGAAAGCUUUAAAAAUAUUCAAAUACUUUGAUCCUAUAAUUCUGGUUCCAACUGUCCAUUCUAAGGAUAUCACCAGAAAUACACCUGGAGAUUUCUGUAGAAGCAUGUCCAUCCGACUACUGUAUCAUGUAGGCAGCACGUACCACAAACCUGACAUUGAAAUAAUAUGGCGCUUACUCUUCUCUUACUCCAGUAAAUCGAGGCCUGCAUUCCAGGGCUGGUGCAAUAGCUCCUAGAGGCAUGCCAUAGGAUCCAUGCUCCUGAGUCUCCACUUGACCCCCCCAGAGCAAGGGGCUGCCUGCCUUGUAUCUGAAAGUGGCGCUGACCUCCUACGUCAUCAAGUCUCCACUGUAGACAAGAUGAGAGGACAAAGGUUCAUGUUUGCUAAA